GAUCAGCUGAGAUCGGGAGGGCCCCAGGAAGAUGGCGGGUGGAGUGAAAGCGGGAGGGGCGGGGUACCGAGGGAAACAGUGAGGAGUUAUCAUCAGCGACAUGGAGCAUAUAACCACCCCGAAGGUGGAGAAUGUGAAACUUUUAGAUCGAUACAUAAAUAAGAAACCUGCCGCUGGCACCUUAUACCUGACUGCCACCCAUCUGAUCUAUGUAGAUCCUUCCCCUGGAUCUCGUAAGGAAACAUGGAUCCCACACCACCACAUUGCCUCUGUGGAAAAAAUGCCUCUAACUACUACAGGGUGUCCACUCCUUAUUCAUUGCAAGAAUUUCCGGGUGGCUCAUUUCAUUAUCAUGCGUGAAAGGGAUUGCCAUGAUGUGUACACCUCAUUGCUGAAGCUCUCACAGCCAGCAAAAUAUGAAGAACUGUAUGCCUUCUCCUAUAAUCCCAAAUCGGAGCAGGAAAAGGGCUGGCAGUUUUUUGACCUCAAGUCGGAUUUCAUUCGUAUGGGAAUUCCUAACGAGUACUGGGAACUGAAAAAUAUCAACCAAGAAUACAAGGUUUGCAGUACCUAUCCUGCUUGUCUGGUUGUACCAAAGCAAGCUAAUGAAACAACAAUUGUUGGGAGCUCAAAGUUCAGAAGCAGAGGACGGUUUCCUGUGCUAUCUUACUACUACAAAGCAAACAAUGCUGUGAUUUGCAGAUGUAGCCAGCCUCUGUCUGGUUUCAACGCUCGCUGUGAGGAUGAUGAGACGAUGCUAAAAAUCAUUGGUGAUGCAAACCCAGACAGUCCCUUCAUGUAUGUUGUAGACACAAGGCCAAAGUUAAAUGCUAUGGCCAACCGAGCAGCAGGGAAAGGCUACGAGAAUGAAGAUCAUUAUCCUAAAAUUCGCUUCCAGUUUAUUGGCAUUGAGAACAUUCAUGUGAUGCGAAACAGCCUGCAGAAGCUUCUGGAGGUUUGUGAGCUGAAGAGUCCAUCCAUGAGUGACUUCCUAACAGGCCUUGAGAAUUCAGGUUGGCUGCGGCACAUUAAAGCAAUAAUGGAUGCUGGAGUUUUUUUGGCUAAGGCAGUGAGAGACGAGAAAGUCAGCGUGCUGGUGCACUGCUCAGAUGGCUGGGACCGUACAGCUCAGGUCUGCUCCCUAGCAUGUGUUCUUCUAGACCCAUUUUAUAGAACCAUCAAAGGACUCAUGGUUCUCAUAGAGAAGGAGUGGAUAUCCCUUGGACAUAAAUUUACACAAAGGUGUGGUCACUUAGAUGGGGAUCCCAAAGAAGUGUCCCCUGUUUUUACACAGUUUGUGGAAUGCCUAUGGCACCUCAUGGAACAAUUCCCCUGCGCCUUUCAAUUCAAUGAGAGAUACCUUCUGGAAAUACACGACCAUGUUUUUUCCUGUCAGUUUGGAAAUUUUAUUGGAAAUUCACAGAAAGAACGAGAGGAUCUCAGAAUCUUUGAAAACACACAUUCUUUGUGGCCAUUUCUCUGGGAUCGUAAAGCAGAAUUUUUCAAUCCCCUUUAUGUGGAAGAUGCCUACAAAACUCUUCAGCCAAACACUCUCCCCUUAAGUUUCAAGUUUUGGUGUGGAAUGUAUAACCGCUUUGACAAGGGAAUGCAUCCGAAGCAGUCUGUUUUGGAUUACUUGCUAGAAUGUGUCAAUAAAAAAGGCCCUCUGGAGACUUGUGAAACAAGGACAGAUAAUAAACUCUUGGUGCUACAUGACUCUGUUCCACAAGAUUGUAAGAUGCUGAAGCAAACGGAAGUCGGGUCCAAGGUAGAAAAUCCAACUGCAAUCAUUCCAAGGGCUUGCAAAGAACCUGCGUCUCCUAUCGCCAAUGGCUCAGUUACUAACAGUGACCAUAUGCACUCUGAACAAAGCCAAUACAAAAAGGAUUUAUUCAAUAACCAUUGCAUUGGUGAUAAAGAGGAGACAACAUUGUGUGCUGAAAAUGUGUAUUCUCUAGAUAGAGGAACUGGUGAAGAUUCUACUGUUCAAGAAGUGGCACAAGGAUAAAAAAAAAAACCGCUUCCAAAUAGAGCUUGAACAAGAGAUUCUGAAUCAAAAAGGGAAGUUUUUGUACUGCACGAUGAGGUGCUUCAGGACCUGCAGAACGAGUCUCUCUUCACAAUGCUUGAGUUUGUUUCCAGGCUGAACUGCAAACCAUUUAGAAUUGUGUGGGUAUUCUUAGUUUCGCAAUAAGAUUUUUGCUUUUACAAUUGUUCCCCCUUUUACAGUAUAUAAGGUUCGCAUUUACAUAUUGGCUUAUCCUAGCUGUUUGUUUAAACUCUUAUGGCUACAUGAUGUGAGAACCUAUCAUCACUGGGAGGGCAACAGGUGAAAGAUAUGGAACCACAAAAUAACACAUUUGGUCUAAACAAAAGGGAAUCUGCGGUUUGCUCAACUAACUUUUUUUUUCCACUGUCUGUAUUACUUUUGCAAAAUAGUAAAAAGACAAAAGCGAAUGACAAAAGAUUAUAAUGCAGUGGUCUGUACAUGUUUCACUUAUGGGUUCACAGAUCAUUAUGUUCUAUUUAAAUUACUGGUCAGGAAUUUACUCACAUUAUCAUGUGUGGUGCUGUUACAUGGUUUACUGACUUUAUAUCAGAGCAAUACAUGUGAUGCUGUUAUCUCUAAAAGAUUUUCCAAAUGAAAUAUGUGUAAUAGUAAAUGGGGCCACGAAAACAUUUUCAGUAUUUCGGCACAUCCUCAGUUUAAAGGGAUAGGAAAAACAAGACACUUUUUUUUUAUGUACUUCUAUUUUCAAAUGUACUUUGUACUCUUGGUAUCCUUUAUUGAAAAAAAUAAUAUUUACAUAUCCUUCACUACUAGGAGCUAGCUGGUGAUUGGUGGUUACGCACAUUUGCCUCUUGGCAUCACCAGAUAUAUUCAGCUACCUUCCAGUAGUGCAUUACUGUUCUGGAUCUGUCUUUAACUAUGUGUUUAAUUCAUUUGCAGCAGUUAAACACAUGGUUUUAUAAAAAAAAAACAAUAGUGCAAUAAUAAAACUCUAACAUAUUAAAGCAAUGUCAUAUCCCUUUAACUCUCCAUCUUUCUGUAUAGGGACUGCUAGCACUGAUCAAAAAUGUUUGCAUGAUUCCUUUUUGCAUCUGAAUUUGCAAGUAUAUUUUCUUAAAGGGACAGUAAAGUAAAAUUAAACUUAUGAUUCAGAUAGAGCAUGCCAUUUUAAACAACUUUCCUAUUUACUUCUGUUAUCAAAUUUGCUUUGUUCUCUUUGUAUCUUUUAUUGAAGAGUAAACUUUGGUAGGCUCAUAAGAGCUAAAGAGUGUGCACAUGUCUUUAGUAUGGCUGCAGUGUUUUGCAACAUUGUAUAACAAAGCUACAAAUAAUGUUUUAAGCAUUUUGGUUUGUGCAAAAAUAAUGUUUUUAGGCUCUGUGCUGACUUGUAAGACGAUUGUUCUAGCAUCACAUUGACAGUAGAACAUUUCCUUCCUCCUAGAGCUGCAAUAAAAGAGAAUAAUGCGCUAGAAUGCCACUUUAAAAACACACUUGAUCAAAAGUAAUAUUAUUCACUGUCAGAAUUUCUGCAAAACAGAAUUGCUUUGAUUAGAGAUGUGUGGCAAAGAACACAAAUGCUGAUUUUUAGACUUUUUGUUAUGAACCAGUUAUAUGUAUCUUCUCAUCUGCCACACUUUUUUGUUUUUAGUGCAAUCAAAAUAAAAAUAGUUACAACUGUUUUGUAACAAAGCUCUGCCCCACAGAGUUCUCAUAUUUUAACUUUUUUUAUAUUGCGUAAAUUAUUUUAUUAGCCAUUUGCAAAAUAUUACAUAGUUACUCUUCUGUUUAUUAAAACAUGCUGAUUUCUUGUGUAUUGUAUGGGAAAGCUUCUCUACAAGAGUACUGACCUUAGAAUAAACAAUGGGGGGGGGGUGAACCUUUUAGAAUGGUUUACUUCUGUUGGCACUUGUGUUGAUUUCCUUGAAUAACAGUUAAACACAGAAUGUGAUUUGGGUCAUUCAGUUGUCACAGUAAUGUACCUCAUUCAGCUGUCAAAACAUUCUAAUUCUCUGUCCAGUACUUGUCACGUGGCACCAUUUUAGAUACACUGUACACCACUUUUUUUUUUCAGUGAACACAGUAACCUCAAACAAGCUUGUUUCUUUGUUAAUAGCUAUUUAUUAUACUAGUCAUGGGUUUGUUUUUAAUAAACACAAUAUUGGAAUAUUGAUACUACCUAUCAUAGCCUUACAAUUUGUAGCUGUAGUUAUUACUAUAUGUGUUUGUGUGUGUAAACAAAAUAUAUGGAUGGUCAGCUUUUCACAUAUUUGAAUGACUAUUUACAGACAUAGAUACAUAUACAAUAUUUAAGUUUAGGGGGAUAACCACUAGUACUAUGAAUAGUUUUAAAUGCUCUUUAAUCUUUCAUCUUUGCCUGUGUUACUGUCAGCUUUGCAAAAUGAAUGUAAAUAUUACUUCAGUCUCUCAUACCCUGCUUUUUCCUUUGUAUAGUUAAGUCCCAUAAAAAAAAAUAAGAUUGUAUUUUCUCUACUGAAUGUAUAGGUAGCAAACUAUAGUCAUUAAAAGUAGUCGUAUGGUGUUGGGAAGGCAUUGUGGGAUUUGUAUGCAGCAGUGCUUUGAGUUUUACAAUGAAGAGUAAGUUCACUUGGGACCGUUUAGGGUCCUGGGGCUCCUCCGUAUUUUUAAAUACCAAGCAAAGCAGUAUAAUGUUGUAUCAGAUGAAAAGAUUAUAUCAUGUAAUGGGUGCACCAUGUUGAAACCUAAGUUUUUCCCUUACCUGAUAUCUCUUGCUGAGAACAGUUAGGGCAGAUAACGUGUACAAACAAUGGUUGUAUGGAAUAUAUGAAAUAUACCAAGAAAUAUAACAAUGUUAAAGUAAUGUUAUAUUUUUCAGGUUUAAAGUCCCUUUAACAUUGUUGUAUUGUUUUCUUCAGAAGAGAUUAAAUAAACAAAACCUAGGUUUCAGCAUGGUGGCACCCAUAACUUUAUAAAAACUCAGUAAUUCAGUUAUAGGGAUAAAUAAAGUAUAUUGCAAUGGUUUCUUUACUACACAUAAUUAAACAUUGUAUGUUACAAUCUUGAUAAUUAGGUAGUUGCAGGCAAGGAGAUAAAUCUUUGUGGAGGGUACAUAAUGGGUACAUAAUGUUGCAAGGAUGAAAUGUGCUUUGCUAAAAUUAUUUGAGGGACCUCUCAGUACUGAAAAGACUUCUUCCAUAAUCUCUCCAGAGAGGAGAGCUUUAGAGAAUCAAGCCCUUAAUCUUCUAAAGGGAUCACUUGCAGAGACUGACCACUGAAAUGUUGCUUCAUUAAAAUGACAGUAAACGUAAAAAACAACAACAACAAAACAAAAUUGAAGCAUUAGCUUCCUUGCCUACUUUUCAAGGCUAAAUUACCGGGCAGGCUGCCAGUCCAUUAACAUAAAGCAAGGGGUACUGACAAUAGGAUGCCAUACUACCCACCCCAUAGACACACAGAAGCGCACAGUGUUGCUGAUGAUGGUGGUGCAGUCUUGGGAAGAAUCCUGUACUGAAUCAAAGAUAAGCAAAUGCAAAUCCUCUGUCUUUCAAUGAGGCAAAUACAAUGAAAAUAUUGUCCUGUUUACUGUCCAUUAUACUGUUCUAGAACACUAUUGAAUGGUCUGUCAGUGAGUUGGUAUAAUAAAUAAGUGUUGAUAGUGAUACAAGUACAACUUCAGAUGCUGCAGUACCUGGGUUCCCAGUUGUACUUGAUUGAGAGAGAACUAGAAGAUUAUACUUUGAGAAAAUGAAUACGUUUAAUAUGGAGCUGAUUUCAAGGACACAAAGUUGCUUAAUAUUUAAAUAAAAUGUUAACUUUGCCUCAAAAUUGUUCAAAAGUGUUUUCAAGCAACAUUAGCAAUUUGCUUAUCAUACAGUAAUAUUCUGGGUCAUUUAGGGUGAAAAUAAGCUUGUCCUUCAGCCGCUGAGCAAAACGUGAUACAUCCAUCUGUAUAAAGUGAUUUGCACAGUACAUGGGCUUCUACCUAUCUUUGCUACGCACCACCCAAGAGCAAGCAGAAAUCAAAGAGCAUAUUCCUCAGCCCUAUUAUAUCUUUAUACUAUAUAGCCACAAUCACUGCAUUGCCUCAUAAAAAAUACAUUUUCUAAAAAGCAUGUAAAGCUGACAUUUUGUUAACAAAUGUGCAUCAUUCUGCAAUCCAGGAACACAACCCUUGAAAAAACCUUGAGGUUCUGGAUCCUACAGGAUACAUUCCAGCCUCUCCUGGGGCAGUGGGAAAUAAACGCAAAAGAGGAAAAGUAAAAUUAAGCUCAUAGUUUUGUUUGUUUUUUUGUAUUUUUAACUCUUUAUAAUUACAAUAUUUUAUGGAUGGCCAAUUUCAUUUUGAGUUUAAAGGGACAGUGUAAUCAGGCAAGCAGCUGUAAAAAUGCCAGUGUAUUUAUACCUGCUUCAGGAACACCCUUUCAAAUAGGCUGGACACUCUCACUCACUAAGAGGUUGAUGCCUGCUGCUGUUUCUUGUUUACAUAGCUUUUCUAUAGCUGAUACUGCAGUAUUAUAUUUGGACGAAAGUGGUUUACACAGGUAAAUGUUGCUAUUUUUAAAUUUAAUGCACUCCAGCAAGUAGAAUGGGAACACUUUAAAGAGGAGAACAUUUUGCAGUACACUGUACUUGUUAAAACUGAUAAUAUUUAACCCUUUUAAAAUAGUGAAUACAAGUUCUUUUUUCUUUAAUAAAAUGUUAGUGAUUAAAUAUUUAUGACCACUUUAAUGUUUACAAUAUUCAGAAUGUUCUCAAAAAAUAUCCUAAUCGGGGUUAUUGAUACUGAUCAAGUAGUAUAGUCUACGUAUAGAAUCUACAAUUCCAGAGUUGCACCACCUAAACAGCAUGGGUGUCCAUAGAAUGUUUUCCAGAAGGCUGGUUUAAAAACAAAAAAUAUUCUCUGCAACAUGUAGUUGGAGAGUUUUUUUUGCUGCACUUCACUUAAACAGCAAAAUAAAGACUCAAGUGGUUGCUAGUACUUAGUUAUGAAAGGAAAAUUCAAGGGAAGACAUUUUCACCACAAUGACCCACAUGCUCAAUAAUUACCUCCAUUAUAGUACCCUAUUACACAUCACACUGUGACACACACUCCGUAAUUGAGUAUCCAUUCUCUACAUGUUGUUAAUAGCCUAUGUGCUUCCAAUGAGCAGUUCUUUGUCCAUAGAUUUUUCCUAAAAUCCUCAGAAAUAAGUGGGAUGCUAGAUGCUGCUUCUGUGUACUUAUGAAGGGAUUCUGUAUUUUUUUAUGAUUUGCAAUCUCUGUACAUAUGCUUUUGUUGCACAGCUGUAUGUCUGUUAUUAUUGUAUUUUUAUUUUUAUUCAAGAGAUUAAUAAAUACUUUUUGGGCACUUUU